ACUUUUAAUUGACCAAAAGGAGGUCGCAUUCAUCAUCUAACCCCGCCUAACUACACCAAUUGGUAUCUGGACAACACAUAGCCCUCAGCCAAGUUAUUACAUAAGUUCUUAUUUGCACCUGCAGGAAUCUUCAGUGGAAAUGUAUCGGUUGAUUACGACUUCAUCCGAGUAGACGUCGAGACGUCUUCAGGUGAGACCAAAAGUGACGUACACAUGCACGUGUUUCCUAAAAAGGAAGUUCUCAAACGGGAGCAGAAACCUGGUGGUAUUCCACUAAAUGUAGCACUGAUCAUGUUCGACUCCACAUCACACGCUAAUUUUAAAAGAAAAUUGCCCAAAAGCUUGGAGUAUCUGACCAAGAACUUAAACACCGUCUUUCUGCAGGGAGAGACGAUCAUAGGGGACGGCACCACUGCGCAGCUGUGUGGAAUGCUCACUGGAAUCGACGAGAAUAAACAACCUGAGGCUCGACGGAGAAUGAGCGGCUCACAACCUGUUGACAGAUGGCGCUGGAUUUUCAGAAAUUACAAUGAUAAAGGAUAUGCUACUAUGUUCUCGGAAGACACUCCAGUGUAUGCAGCCUUUAAUUACCGUCUACAUGGUUUCAGAGACCCUCCAACAGACCAUUUCGCCAGACCAUUCUGGAUAGAGACAGAUAAACUUUUAAAUGGAAAAUGUAUCAAUACCAAAAGAGGCGCUCACGAUGAAUGUGAUUCCUGUGGUGUGGUGUUGGGUGAAAAAUCGGUUAAUACUCUCGCUAUGGACACUUUGUAUCAGUUACAGUUCGUGACAUCUCCAAACGAGGGAUUUUACGAAGCUUCUGUUAGAAUGAAGAAGGGCGUUCCUUCACUAGUAGGAGAUAUCAGUCGAGUUGAUGCUUACAAGGAUCAACCAUAUUGCAUCGCGUCUACAUACCCACGUCUAAGCAAAUACUGCUAUUGUUCUCCGAAAGAGAGAGAAGCCAUUGAGAACGCAGGUUAAAAAUAAGCAAUUUACACGAAGUGUCGGAAAUUGCAAGUGAUCAAGUCACUGAUCUGCUUUAUACAUGGACCAGUUUGACUUUUUGACCUAGGAUGAGUUUUUUGUCUGGAAACACCGUAUUUUCGGGUUCAGUGGCUUGGUUAGAUGUCCUUUUGUUGUUGAUAAACUAAUGUUUUCACAUCUGCAUUAACACCCUAUUUCAGCUAUUGUUUCACAGCUUGUUGGUACAACUCUGGUAGUGUGACCAAAUAGUUUUCAAAGUUAAUUGUGGAAUUGGGCGUUAACGUAGAUCUAAGCCGCCUCUGAAUGAUAAUACUGACAUUUUAUUGAGCAGUGGUUAUUUUUGUAAAUUACUAAAUUAGGGUUCCGCUCUUCGUUUGUCACUCAGCUUAUCAACGUGCAAUAGUCAGUGAUUAGUUAAUAAUUGUAUAUCUAUAAUUAGUUGUAGCGUCGAAAUACAUAAGCCCUUUUCCGUAAAUUACUGUAUAACACCAUUUGUACGAGUUAUUUAUAUACAGAACAACACUAUAUUUGUACGAGUAAUUCUACGUAGAUAAUGUUGCGUAAGAUGUACAGUAUAAGUGAGAGAAUUGUUGCAAUAAAUCUUUCUUGAAACUGGAA